AAAGAAGCACAAAUCGAACAAAUUAGUACUCAUGGAAAUAUAUCGCAUUAUUGCCAGAUUUUUGCUACGUUAGAUAGAGGGACCUGAAGGGAUCUUUUUCGAACAAAGAACUGUCAGCCUUUCAUUGGCGACUUGUCGGUAAUGGUGUACUGUGUGUCGUCAUUCGUUCUUUGAUCAAUCUUGAGAUAAAAACUGCGAAUAUGGUAAGCACGAAUGCAUUUUCGGACUCUCAGGAAUCUGAGUUGAUAGAUGAGGAAACUUACAAGGACAUCGAAAACACAUUCGGAGGUACUUUGCCAUUGCCGGAAAAUAUAUCCGAAUUUGAUGUCCCCGAACAAAAAUACGAUAUCUCACAACCUGACCUAUCAACAAUUGAGGAAAAAAUUUCUAUUGGAGAAAAGGGGUUAAGAAGAAAAUUACAAAUGGAAGAAGAAGAAGAAUAUUUUCUCACUCAAUUAUAUCCGUCACUCAACGAUUAUUCAAAUCAAUUAAAUUUCCAAUAUUCUUUUGGGGAUGGUGGUGGUCAGGAUUGGGUGUAUUCGCAGUCAUUGAAGAAAGUUUUUAUCAAAAUGGAAAAGACUCUACCUUUACGAUUUUCGUGGGAGCCGUCAACUUCAGGUUUAUUCUUACGCACAGAAUUAGCUUUUGUAUUAGAACAAUAUAAAAGCGACCCUGUUAAACGAUGUCAUAAUCAUAUUGCAUUAACUAAUCCUGUCAAUCAAAACAUGAAUCCUGACAGAAUUAAACAUGUAGUACAUUGCGUUAAUCAUGCUUCUAGUAUGUAUCAAGAAGAAAAUGAACAUCUUUCUAUCUUAACGCCACUUUGCAAACCCGAAGCUGGUUCACAAUAUGUACCAAUGUGUUUCAAAUUUUUUUGCAAAAAUAGUUGCACAUCUGGCAUGAAUCGUAGACCAACAGAAUUGAUAUUUACUUUAGAGAAUAAUAAUGGGCAGAUUUUGGCUCGUCGAACAUUAUUAGUUAGAGUAUGUAGCUGUCCAAAACGAGAUAAACAAAAAGAGGAAACAGAAUUAGAGCCAAUACCUGUUAAACGAAAGCUUGUUUUACCACCAGCUAAAAAGAUGCCAUCCUCAUCUGAUAUGCUUGUUUAUAAAGUAGAAUUAAAUAUUGUCGGUAAAGAGAAUUAUUUGUCCGUCUAUAAACACGCAUAUGAUGUUAUGGCCGGUCAAGCGGCGAGAACUGGUAUGCAUGAAUUUUUUAAGCCAUAUAUGGAUGAUAUAUUACAUAACAUGCCUUAAAAAGACAUAUGUUUUAAAUUUUCUUUUUACAUUACUUAUUUUUUAAAAAACUACUUAUUUUUUUAAAAAGUAGAUUAUGAAUUUUAAUCAUUCGUUAGCAAAAAUUUAUCUUUGCUUCUUAGUAUUUGAUAAGUUUGCAUGUUCAUGUUAUUAUAAAUAAUUGUGAUUUUAUUACAUAUAAUUCGAUUCAUAAUCAAAAAUUAAAGAUACUAGCGUGAAUCGCUAGAAAUACUUCAAAGAAUUUUAUACGACGUAUAUUAUAAUAAUAUUAAGUUAAUAAUAAUAUCUAUUCAAUUGUCUUUCAUGAUAUAUAGAACGUUCUAAAAUUUAGGAAUCAAAACUUAGAACUUUAACAGGAAGAUAUUUUAAAAGUCAAUAAAAAAUGCACAAAUAUCUUUCUCUUUUUCUGACUUUUUAAACAUUUUUUUUUAAAGAUCGACUUGUAUAUGUAUUUAUUUAUAAUAGUAAACAUGUUUACAAUCUGAUAUUCUAAGUAAUAAUUUUACGAACUUAUUUCUUAAUUUUUUAAGAAUAUUCCUGUUUUAACAUUUGUUCGCGAAUUUUAGAACUCUGCAUGAUAUUACUCGUGCAAACUUAUAAAUUAAUUAUUUUGUUUGCUGUUAUCUCAUAUAAGAUAAUUGAUACAAUAUGUGUUAUAAGUUACUACUUGUUAAGACAUUGUAUCAUUGAAAAAUAAAUAAUUUUGUUACUUCUCUCAAAA